GGGCACCACGACGACGACGACGACGACGACGACGACGACGUCGACGACGCCGGCAGCCGCGGCGAAGCGUGCGCGCCUUUCCUUGGCCGGCGGCGCGACAAGGAGGAUACGGAGGAAAGGAAAAGGACGGAGAGGGCGGUUGAAAGCGGAGCAACGGAGAAGGAUCGACGAAGAGAGAAGGAACAGCGAAGCUUCCGCUUCCUUAUGCUCCGCCGCGGACUGCAUCAACCAGUCGCGCGGUCGCGCUCACAUAAGAAACUGGGAAUCGAGAGACAAACCCCCUUCUCGAACCGCGACGCGGUUUCCGUGAGCGGAAGAAAUUCGGUCCUCGAAAAUGUCCGUGCUCGCGUGACGCAGCUGCGACGGACACCGUAACGAGAUCCUUUCGAACGUUGCCACCCUUCGAAACGCACCGGUUAAUUGACUCGACGACGCUCGAACUGCGACUAACCAGUCGCUUGCCCCCACCAUCACGCAACCGAAGGCACGAAACCGCGCGAAUUUGUGCGGAGACGCACGAGCGGCCGUGAGGCCCCUCGUUUCGGGCCCGGUCGCGAUCGUUCGGCCGCGUUCGUACGUAUCUGGGCCCUCGAGCGACCAAUCGCGUUCCACGAUACCCUACCGUGUCGCAUACUGGAGAUGAAGAGGGGAGGCCAUCGGGCCUCCUGGACGAUCGAAAGGUCCGCGAAAGAAGACAUGCCCGCAACGAACGCGGAUUCGAUGGAUGUCUAAGGAAGGAUGUUCCUCGAUGCAACGAGAACAGGAGGAUGUUCCUCUAUACGUUUCUUCUUCCUCUUCUUUCUCUACUUCUUCUUCUUCUCACCGCUCUACCUCUUCUGCUACCUGGCGACGGACGAGUCCGACCAGGCGGAGGAGGAUCUCUUCCGUGGAUGUGUCGAGGGUGAAAUUGUAAUAAACGGGUGACUGGACGGCUGUCACGUUGCACGCCGAUGAGGAGGGAAACGGAACGAAAGAAAGAGAGAAAGAGAACGAGAGAUGAGCGUGUGAGAGAAAGGGUAGGAAGUACAGAGGGCAAGAAACGAUCAACCAAAGUUCCUAUUUUUCACGUGUUUUACGCGAAACUCGCCUAACAAAGUAGGACGUAAGAGAGAAGAGAGAAGCAAAAACAAAAAAAAAAAAAAAAAGAAGAAAAUAAUAGAAAAAUAGAAGAAAUUUUUCGUUCUUCCCGGUGUGUCCAUCCGGCAGCCAGAAGAAGAGAAGAAUCGCGGGGGUGACGUGGAAAAACGCGGCACGCACGCCGGAAAACCUCGUGUCCGCGGCACCGGUGACACCCUCCCGCGCUAAUUAGCCAGCCAAUUAGAAAGACCGCGGCCAUGCGUAAUGAGCUGCGCGCGCAAAAGUUCCUAAACGCCACGAUGCAAUGUUUUUUCCUGCUGAUGCCUCGUCUCGCCGGCCUGUUCACAGGCGACCACUGAUAAUAUAUUGAUAAGACGUUAAUAAAAGCUAAUUAGAAGUACAGUUAGAAAGAAAGUUAGCGGAUCGACGACAGGAUCGGGAUCGAGCUUCCUCCAGGACACUGGAAACGAGCACCCGUGUUUCGUACAUCGUCCACUUCCGUCAGGCAAUAAAACACAAUUUAAAAAACGAAUUUAAGAAGGAGGUGUGCGAAUAAAGUGUCGAUCGAACCCGAUUGCACGAUCGUCGAAGCAGCUUUACUUUUUUUUAAAUUAAAUAAUAAAAUAAAUAUAAGAGAACACGUUGUAAAAACCUCUUCGAGCUGCCACGUGGCAGCUCUAUUCAAGCAAUCCUUGGACCGCGACAGUGGUGUCGACGGUGAUUUUUAACCUCUACGACUAAAUAAAGUUAGGUGAUUAAGCGAGGAAGAGCAAAUCUAUAUCUAUAUACAAUCUAUAUUAUAUAUACACACUUGGAAAGCGUAUUUAAUUAUAUAUUCCUAUACACACGCAAGGAGCACAUGUACAGGUAUUUUAAUAAGUUGACGCAAUCACACGAUCGAGUCCUUUCAAGGGCUGACGUCGAACCUGACCGUCGAGGAUAAGAAUCGUCGAAGGAAGAUUGAUAUUUUUUAUCGGUGGAGAAUAGGGUGAGGUUGGUGAGGGAAUAAGAUAAUAAAUAAAGGAAAAACAGAACAUGUCCACGAUGAGUGUCGUGUCGAAUUCGUCGGUCGAGGUUGACUCGGACUCCUCGAACGAUAUAUCGAGCAAGGACGAAGGAACCGCCGAGCAAAAGUUCAUCCUUCGAAACGAAUUGUACAACAGCCUGCUGGCAAGCGCCCUCGGCAAGACUGUGCUCAACAGGCAUCUGAACUUGAAGGAGCAAGGGAUUAAUUUUAAUCUGGCCAAUCUAAAGGAUAACCUGAACGCGUUGGGCGCCCUCAAGGAGCUGAAGGAUCUCAAGGGAUUGACCGUCAGCAGUGUACCAGCCUUCCCAAGGAACUUGGCUCUGCAUCGCGAGGAUCACGACGAGGUCAGACCCGAGUGUUCCCUUCUUCAGAUUUUUCUCCACUUUCCUUUCGUUGUCGAUCAAAUGAAAUUCAGUAGUUUGCAAUUUAAAGAAAAAUAUGAGAUUCCCUUUGUUUUAGAAGAUUGAAAAUUGUAAUAUUAUUUUUACUUAUUUUUCUUUAUCCUGCGAAUGCCCACAACCCUCGCCCCCAGUGAACGCGUUAAAAGAAAGAAGAAUGGAGAGCGGAGAGCAUCGGAAUCGAUAAUCCCCUAAAGAUACCGCGUCUUUACUGACCUACCCUCUCGCAACCUCUCCCAAACGACCCCAAGAAACGAGGAAGAAAACAAAUUCACAAAUUUCCACCCCUACCAGUUGAGAGGGUAAGGGUCUUUAGGAAAAGAAGUUAUCCAUCAUCUACAAGUUUAGAUCGGAAAGGGUAGUUUUAUAGAGAAUCAACAGCCACUCGAAGGGCGAAGGAAACGAUUUCAGAGUUUAAAACGUGUCCUACGACGGUUCACGGUGAAUUGUCAGUUAAAAAGUUAGUGGAUACUUUGGUGGCAGGAGUUUUCGUGUAAUGGUUGUGGAAAAGGAGGGUGGAAAGGUGGUUGCGGACACAACAGAGAGAUUUCGGUCG